AUGGCGGAGACGAUCCCACUCGUGAAGACAGCCGAGCAGGUCAUGUCUUCGUUCAGGAAGGCCUUCAACGUGGUCCGCGAUAGGCUCCCUUCCAUGUUUCCACCCGACGUCACGCCUCGACCGUGGUUUUUUCAUCCCGAUAUUGUCUUCUCGCGAUUUACCAAAGUUCACGAGAGACUUAAGAUUGCUUAUGUAAGUGUCUCUCUGAAUAUAUAUAUAAAGUGGUAUAUAUAUAUAAAGUGGUAUAUAUAUAUAAAGUGGUAUAUAUAUAUAAAGUGGUAUAUAUAUUUAAAGAACGCGCCUGGAUGCCGUUCUGGCGUCUAUUUUUGGCGGAAUUUAAUUUAUCUCAAUAUAUAUUGUUCUCUGCAGUUCCCCCAUCCCCUUUGUGGUCUGCAAAUGCGAGUUCCGGGUUCUAGCACCGUUUUACUUACCAAUAGAGCACUUUAUAUUUAUAUUAUAUUUCAACUUACGACUUUCCUCUUACGCGGCCUUUUCAUGUUCUGCCUUCUUCAUACCCUUGAUGCCAUCCCACUUCUUUCACCAGGACAAAGUAAACACCGUAAUAUUGGUUUUGCCUAUUACUUAUUACCGAUACCAUUUUAAAGUCAUUGUUCAUAGCAACCACCCCCCCCCCUUUUUUUUGUACACACACCCUUGUAACUUGCAUGCGGCUACCUAGGUUCAACUGAUGGACGUGUUGGGCUAGUGUUUAACUGAUAAAACACUAUUUUAACCAAAAGAGGUGUAAUACACUGACUUAGUUUGGUUCAUUCACUACAAUGGAUAGGGCCUGUCCGUGAGCCAGCUUUGUUCGAAUGGCGUGGAUGCAGACAACGUGCUGUAAAGAUCCCCCCUUUUUUUUUCUUGUUUUAAAAAAGUACUUAAUGGACACAAACGUGAACUUCAUGAAACUGGAGAAGGUGGAAUUCGGUGGAAUCAAGGGUAACUCACUCGGGGAGGACGUCAUCGUGAUUUUCCAGGAGUUUGACGAGGCCUUCAAGUUGUUUACAGAAAGUAAAUACAAUCCACUGGAUGCAUCAGACCCGGUAGGUAUAAUCUAAUUUUUUUUUUAAAUUAAUAAAAUGGGUGUCUGGUGACAGUGUCCACUGAGUGUUGUGCUGGAACAUGGCUCGAUAUCAACUGUAGUUGGACUAUUUUGGGGAAAAAAGGUUUGGCCACAGUUUUAUAUUACGUUAAGUAACUUAAACUGGAUCCUUCCUUCUUUUUACAGUUCAAACAUUACGAUUAGGCCUAGAUAUCUCUAGGUAAAGUCAAUUGUGUUUUUACAGAGAAAAAUACAUCACUUCAGUGGCGUAGCUGGGGCUAGUGUCGCCCGAGGCGGGCAGAGAAUUUUGCCGCCUACCUUCCAAGGAAAAAAACUCUGCAGUUGGCCGAAAAUGCCGCCCCUCCCUGUAAUGAAAAAAAAAGUGCCACCAGGGGCGGUUCAUUCCCCUCCGCCCCCUUCCUACGCCACUGCAUGACUUCUCCCCCUUACAAAUAAAUUGUAACAGUUUUCCUACUUUCGUUUAAGUCUUUCCUACACAACUACGAGACGUUUAACAUGAUCAUGGCGGACUUUGACAGAAGACUGGCAACUAUUGUUUGUAAAGGCUAUUUUGAUUGUUCAGGCUUGGAGAGUAUUUUCAAGGUAAUUAUUAACUCAUGAACUUCGGUAUUAUGAACUUAAACAAUUUUAUUUAUAGUGAAUACAUUGAACAUCUCUCAAAAAUAUGAUUGCCUAGCACACAUGCACUUUUAAAUCAAACUAUAUUAGCCUAUAACGUUACAUUUUCCUUAAGGUGUAUUUACCAAACAACACACGCCAUUUUAAAAGACUACAAAUUUGUUUUUAAAAAAUCAACACACAUUAGGAACUAAUAAUCCAACAUUAUAAUUCUAAAUAGUUUCAAGAAUAUUCCCUGUAGCUUUUACAAUUAGCACAUUAUUGUUACCUAUCAGCAGGUGGUGAUGUCAAGAUGAUGGAACCUUUAAAUUAAGAACUUGUGUUUCACGUCUUUAUGACCUACAACAGUAACUAUUAUUAUACCUCCUGUCUCCGUAUAUUCAGCUAGAGAAGAUUGACUUCACGUCUCUAUGACCUGCAACAAUAACUAUUAUUAUAUCUCAUGCCUUCGUACAUUCAGCUAGAUAAGAUUGAUUUCACGUCUUUAUGACCAACAACAGUAACUAUUAUUAUAUCUCAUGCCUCCGUACAUUCAGCUAGAGAAGAUUGAUUUGAUGGAGGUUGUGCAUUUAUAUUAUUACUGAUCUCAUGCUGUUGUCAUGACUCACCGUCCCUCGCUACCGACAGGUGGUGCAAAACAGUGUCCAUUUACAUGGGGGGGGGGGGGUCAUUACAUUUAUUCAAUAACUGAUCUCAAGCUGUUGUUAUUCCCCAUCUUCCCUCCCUCCUCCCCAGCUGAUAGAGACAACGGGGGGGGGGGGCAGUACAUUUAUAUAUUAUUACUGAUCUCAUGCUGUUGUCAUGACUCACCGUCCCUCGCUACCGACAGGUGGUGCAAAACAGUGUCCAUUUACAUGGGGGGGGGGGGUCAUUACAUUUAUUCAAUAACUGAUCUCAAGCUGUUGUUAUUCCCCAUCUUCCCUCCCUACUCCCCAGCUGAUAGAGACAACGGGGGAGGGGGUCAGUACAUUUAUAUUGCUGCUGAUCUCUAACUAUUGUCAAUGCUCACCCCGUCCCACAAUGCCCUAGCUUAUAGAGAUGAUGGGUCCACUGUUGGAACGUGAGCUCAUCAUGAAGGACUUUGACGACAAGUACCCGCAAGUUGUGCGGUUGAUGAACGAAGCAUUAGACACGUGCUUUGAACUCUAUGAAGAGCAGGUGAGAAUUCGUUAUCCGACCCACAGAUACGUAGCGCGGGCUCUGCAGGGGGCCUCUGAUAUUUAAAUUUAAAGGGUCCAAAAAUAUGAUGUGGAAAAAAUAAACUUUCAGCUUUGAAUGCAGGGGCACACAACCGAAAAGUGCCAGGGUGCCUCCAAAAGUCAUGUGACGGCUCUGUGACCCCCUACAAUAGUUACAGUCUUUGGAGAGUUGGCCUAAGUCACUAAAAAGGAAUUUUUGAAAGUAAUGAAGCACUUAAAUAUAAAGAAAUGAAAUGUUUGUAUAAUUACUUUCGUUAUUGUUUCUUUGAAUUGCAUAAUGUAAUUUGAAUAAUGUCAUUCAAAGUUAAUCAGUUUGCCCUCCUUCACCUGGCAGAUGGCCUACAAGCGAGAAACGGGGCGUAUGGCCGUCCACAAAAACAUGCCACCAAUGGCGGGGGCCAUGAUUUGGGCCCGAGAGGUGUACAACAGAGUGUCCAUCUACAUGGAGUCGUAUGCACGAAUCGAACACCCGUAA